AUGCCAGCGGCAUUCACUGUCGUCCUCCCCCCCAUGGCCUGUUCACUCGUCGGCCACGAUCUGCCACCUAAUCCCUUCCGGUCAACGGACAUUAGGUGUGGAGGGGCAUGGGGGGGGGAGGCCAGUCGAGGUUUGGAGAGCCAUACUCCGCUAGUGGCCAGUCAGCUUCCGCAGAUGCGCCUCGGCCGGACGAAAAUGCGAGAAGACAAUGCGGACAGACGAGCGUAUGCAUGCUGGCUGGCUGGCGGGAAAGGGAGGCUUUGUGAAAAAAUCCCCAGAAAGUAUCAGCCAAGCAGUGGCCUCUUGAUUCCGCGCUCACCCCUACGCGGUUCUCCUCGGUAUCGUCUCCUCUUCGGGAAAGCAGCAGCAGCAGCAGCAGCAACAGCAGCAGAAAAGCAGGCCAGAAUGUUGAGGACAGUUGGCAAUCUGCUGUCGGAACAGUUCGUCUUCAUACCCCGUUGGGUGGACGUUUUGAUUAACCUGAUCACCGUGGCAACUGGAUUUGCUAUGGUUGGAUGUCGAGGGCUUGUCAACAAGAAAGCUUUUUUGCUUGGCAUACCAUCAUCCAGCACCUCUAUGAUAUGCACGACCAUUCGUGUACAAGGUGUAGCCCAAAUAGAGGAGCGUAGCAGGCACAAUAUCGAAAUUAUUCAAUUUUAA